AACACAACGGUAACGCAGAGAGCAGGAGUGUGCACGAGCAGGAGUGUGCACGGUAACGCACGGUAACGCAGAGAGCAGGAGUGUGCACGAGCAGGAGUGUGCACGGUAACGCACGGUACCGCAGAGACUUCCAGCAGCAGCGGUGCAGAGCUCCGGUCUGCGCGGAUCUGUGGAGCUUUGCGGACCAGAGGACACCUGGGGACGGACAUGGAGUUCACCGAUGACUUCCUGCUGGCCGAGCUCGGCCACCUGCAGCUCUACAACGAGUCGCUCUUUCACAACAACUUCACCGGCGGCUACAACGAGACGGAAGCUCUGCUGCCGCUGGGGGUGAAGGUCACCAUCGUGGUGGUCUACAUGAUCGUCUGUGUCAUCGGCCUGGUGGGAAACUUCCUGGUCAUGUAUGUCAUCAUAAGAUACACCAAGAUGAAGACGGCCACGAACAUCUACAUCUUCAACCUGGCUCUGGCCGACUCUCUGUUCCUCGCCACGCUCCCGUUUCAGGGCACCGACGUGUUCCUGGGCUUCUGGCCGUUUGGCAACACUCUGUGUAAAGUGGUGGUGUCCAUCGACUACUACAACAUGUUCACCAGCACCUUCACCCUGACGGUGAUGAGCAUGGACCGCUACGUGGCCGUGUGCCACCCGGUCAAGGCUCUGGACAUGAGGACGCCUCACAAGGCCAAGGUGGUGAACAUCUGUGUGUGGGUGUUGGCUUCGGCCUUUGGGAUUCCAGCCAUGGUCCUGGGGAACAUAGAAGAAGAGCAGGAGCACAACAGUGUUGAGUGCAUCAUGGUCUUACCUGAACCAAGGAGUCACUGGGACCCCGUGUUCGGCACCUGUGUCUUCCUCUUCUCCUUCCUCAUCCCUGUGGCCAUCAUCAGCAUCUGCUACAGCCUGAUGGUCAAGCGCCUGCGCAGCGUCCGCAUCCUGUCCGGCUCCAAGGAGAAGGACCGCAACCUGCGGCGCAUCACCAGGAUGGUCCUGGUGGUGGUGGCAGCCUUCGUGGUGUGCUGGACUCCCAUCCAGAUCAUGGUCCUGGCCGAGUCGCUGGGCUUCAACCUGAGCAGCGUGUUCACUCUGGUCCUGAUGCACUUCUGCAUCGCGCUGGGCUACGUCAACAGCAGCUUGAACCCCGUGCUCUACGCUUUCCUGGACGAGAACUUCAAGCGCUGCUUCCGCGAGUUCUGCCUCCCGUCCCCGUUCCGCCUGGACACCCAGCAGUCCGGCCGGAUGAGGAGCAUCGCCAGGGAGGUGGCGGCCGCCUACAGCUGCAAGGCUGGAGAUGGGGGGCUUGGUGGAGGGACGCCGAAUCCUGCAUGACUAGACGUGGAGCUGCCCUUGGUGGGGGUGGACCCCCAGCAGAGGAGAGAGAUGCAGGGCACAGGGAACUCCAACACAGAAUUGACUCAGAUCACAGCUCUCUAGCGGCACGAGCCCUCCCGCCCCCCGACUAGAAGACUCGCCUGGGGCGGGGGGGAGGGAGAUGAAGAGGGUGAGGUCGAGAGGAAAAGAAUUUAGGAGAUGGGUCGAGUACUGGGAUGAGUGGAGCGGUGCGUACACACCUUGGGCAGGAGAGUGCCAGAACCAGCUGAUCCUUCAUCUCGGAGCCUUGAUGGACGUCAACAUGAUGUCACCUGACUUUACCUCUGAUACCAAAUCUCUGAAACCACCAUGUGCUGCUUGGGUGUAGAAAGACUCUCGGUGUGAACUGGUUUACUGGUCCUUCAGUGGUUUAGAGCAGCAAACAGACAGACGGGGUCCUAACCCUGACCCUGACCCUGACCCUGACCCUGACCUUCUGGGUCUUUAUCAUCUGCUGCUGAUCUCAUAUCAGGCCUCUGACAGGCCAACUCAAUGUGACAUGAUAUUUGAAAUAAGAAGUUGGAUGUAAACUUUAGUAUAAGAAAAGAAUAACGUGCCACCAGCUCCUCUUGAACACUAUUUCCUGAGCUGAGUCUCGACCCAGAGAGGCUCACGUGAAUGUUAUUUAUCACAGCAGCAACAUUUCUAACGUCCGGAAGUGAAAUCAUUCUAAGAAUUCUUUUCCUAAAAGUGAUUCUCAGAGUUUUUGUGAUUUUUAGAAACUUUCUAUCAGGACCGCUGGGCUGUUGAAAGUGAAGCUUUGAACCUGAAGGAGGAACUCAACACCAGAGGUUCAGAGGAAUCUUCUCUUCUUCUGUGACGGUUCCUGUUUGUGCUGCGUCCACAUGUGAAAUCAGAAUCAUCACGGAUCCAAACACAAACCCUCCUGCAGGACAUCGCAGCCUUGAUUGUUCUUUAACACAACCUGGUAAAAAACAGGUCAAAGCUGUUUCUGUUAUUUGCUGCAGCACGAAGAUAAGAGGCCUUAAAAUCACCAGGAAAUCUGAAUCAGCUCGAGAAAUCAAGUGAUUAAUGAUUGUGAAUUCUUAAAUAGAGUAAAGAUUAAAAACAAUGCAGUCAUCUUUUGGCCUGCUCACCAGACAGUGUCACACAACUGUGAUUGUAUAUUUAACACAACAUCUUUGGACGUUAAAUCAAUCUGUGUGGUUCUCAGCUGAGGAUCGAAGUCUGGGGAUGAAAAGACCGAAUCUGGAUUUGAACAAAACCCAUUUUUCAUCUGUGCAGGAUCACUGUCGUGUCUUCUACUCACUUGAGUUUAAAUGUGAAGCAUCGUUAAGCUCCUGUACGUCUCAUGCAGGUCGACUGAUGGUGUCUUCACAGCUCUUCAGAAACACUCUGUGGUUCCCACCAAACCUGAAGGACUCUGUCACGUGAGAUUCAAUACCUAGUCUAUGUCAAGAUGCAAACAGAACCCUGGACCAGCCACUGGAGACAGGUCCUGGUUCUGACCCGAGCUGGUGGGUCGUCAGACCGGUCGGGCUCAGGUAGAACCAUCCAGGCUCCUGCAGAACCCGGUUAAAUCCCCCGAGCUGUGUUCUCCUCAACUGGUCCGACCAUCAGUCUCCUCAGCCGGGCGUCCCCCUCUGUCUUCUUCUAAAGACACCGGCUGAAUGUUUCCAUCACUUGUUGUGAACGCAGCAUUUUGGACAUUUUGGAUAGUUUCCAUUUGAUUGUUCUGGGAUCAAAUCCCUGUCCCUGUGAUUCCUACCAUGCACACGUCCAGCACACUGAACCAGAACAUCCGACUGUAGUUCUGGAUGAUUCUAGAUAUCAAUUAUAGACUGAGUAUAAACUAGGUCAUGAAAAACUCUGCAGUCUUAUUCCUGCAGUCGGAGCAUCAGCACUGAAUUCCUGAUGGAGACAGAAGUGAACGAGCAGAGAGAAACCAGAGGAAGAAUAUAUAAUAUGAUUCAUGUCAAAUCCAGGUGUGAAGCAGCAGUGAGACAGAGACACUCAGAUCCUCCCACUGGGAGGGUCAAAGGUGAGGCUGGUUUGCAGGUGAUGGUUCGAAUCCCCUGUAUCAGGCUCUUUGUGAAGGUGAAGGAAACAGGAAGUGUAAUCACAGAUGUUUGUGCAGUGACUGGUUCAACUGGUUCUUCCAGGUGAGUGGCUGCAGGUGGGU